UAGUCUUUGCUUUAGUCUAUGACUGUGUUUGCUGCAAGUGUUUCUCGUUUUCUUUCUAUGUUUGUUGUUGUUUCUAUUUUCGUCUAAGGUUUUUGGUUGUAAUAGUCCUCUGAUAUUCUGACUUACAAUGGCAGCUGCAAAUGCUGCACCCAUUACUGCUACGGACAGCCUGUCACAGGCAUUGAAGGCCAACAUCAUACCCAACCAAGAAUAUUUACUACAGGGUUCCGUGCUAGAUUCAGCAGUAGAAGUAUUACUUCAUCGUCUUCGAGGACUCUGUGACAAUGUAGAUGCUGGUCCAGAGACUUUCGAUGAUCAAGAAAUUUGCUUUAGCCUGCGGGAUCCUAAUGGACAGGCUGCACCUCUAAUGUUGCGUGUCCGCAAGGCUCUUGAUGCUCGUGACAUGCCCUAUCAACUUCGAUAUAUCGGACAACCUGAUCUUGGUGACAAGAACAGACCAACAGUUGUACGUUCAAGCCUGGACAUUGCUUGCAGUGGCAUGCUGAUUGAAUUUCUGAAUGAACUGGGUUGUAGAGUGGAAUUUGAAUACAGUGUCAAAGGAUAUAUGUUCCGAAAGGGGCGUAUGAAAAUUACUGUUGCUAAGGUUUUCAAAACAUCUCAGAGCUCAAUGCCUCCUGAACCCAUUUCACAAAGCUACCUGGUAGAAUUAUCUGUCCUGGCUCCUCAAGGGCAAGAUGCAAUCGGUGAAGACAUGCGUGCGUUUGCUGACCAACUACGUCCCCUGGUGCAACUAGACAAGAUUGAUUACAAGCGACUCGGGCACAUGACAGUCACAUAGCCCAUGUUCCUUACUUAGGCUGUCUUCGCAUCACAAUCAGAGGUGUGUUAUGAAGACAACCUUAGUACUGCAUGACUAAAGUAAGUGCAACUUACUUUUUUUUAUCAGUCAUUUAUUAUCUAAGAAAUAUUGUACUGAAUUUACCUUCAUUAUUAUUAUAAAAUAUAAACUUAGUGUAUAUCUUUCCGAAAUGAAAGUUUAAGUACUUACCAUAAUAAGUUUAUGACAAAUUAUGCCAUUUAAUUAAAAUAAGUCUUUAAAUGUUAGAAAAUAACAGAUUGUGUUAGAAGUAUGAAAAAAGUUUAGCAUUUGAAGUAAGUAUUCAGCAACAUUAUUUUACAAAACUUUAAAUUUGUUGCUGUAUUACUAACUUAUCUUAGACUGACAAAAACCCACUAAGUAAGUACUUGUGUGUCAGAUUUUCAUUUGUUGCAAAAAAAUUUUUCAUUGAUUUAUGUAUCACUUUAAAAUACACUGGCUCUCAAUUGAUCAAUUAUGAUUAUAAUUAGAUCAGCCAGUUAUAGAUAACUAAUUAAAUAUUAAGUUUCUUUUUAGUAUAAUAGGAUAAUUGACAUAUUCAUUCAUUUACGAAUAGAAUAAGUAGCAUUUUCUUAGUGAAAGAAAUAUAAAAAAAAAUGAAACAUGUUUCCGUUUUGGAACUUUCUUUGUUUAUCUAACUACAAUCGGAUUUUAAGUUGUCUAAAGGAUAUGAAAUGUUACAAAUACAU